AUGGUGGUGAAAACGGACAUGUCAAAGGCAUACGACAAGGUGGAAUGGAGCUAUCUUAGGAGCUUGAUGGAGGCUAUUGGUUUCGACGCCAGAUGGGUUAAGCUGAUUAUGGCAUGCGUCACUUCUGUUUCCUUUGCAGUACUGGUGAAUGAUCAACCUUUUGGGAUGGUCAAACCGCAACGUGGUCUACGACAAGGUGAUCCCCUCUCGCCGUUUCUAUUUGUGUUGUGUACGGAAGGGCUUACACACCUAUUGAAUAGAGCAGAAAGAUUAAGCUUGCUAAACGGCUUGAAGUUUGUUGAGGAGGGGCCCUCAGUUCACCAUUUGCUAUUUGCCGACGACAGUUUGUUUAUGUGCAAAGCGUCUGAAAAUCAAGCUAGGACUCUGAACCAAGUGCUCGAGGUGUAUGGCUGUGCAACAGGACAGACGAUCAACUUGCAGAAAUCAGCCGUAUCCUUUGGAUCUAAGGUUGAUCCCGCUGUUAAACUUGCGAUUCAGAGGGUGCUGGGUAUCUCGAAUGAAGGAGGUUCAAGCAAAUAUUUGGGGCUGCCGGAAUGCUUUAGCGGCUCUAAGGUAGACCUGCUAGGCUAUUUAAAAGGAAAGGUGAAUGGUAGACUGAAUGCUUGGUACCUAAGGAACCUAUCACAGGCCGGCAAAGAAAUAUUAUUAAAGACGUCAGCAUCGGCCCUGCCUGUUUUUGCGAUGUCAGUCUUUAAACUCCCGAAAACAAUCUGUGCCAAUAUGUCCAGUGCCAUGGCAAACUUCUGGUGGGGAUCUGAUGCGCAUAUUAGGAAAAUCCAUUGGAUAGCUUGGGAGAAGCUUUGCUUGCCAAAGGAGAGUGGUGGAAUGGGAUUUAGAGACUUGGAAGCCUUUAAUCAGGCGUUGCUGGCUAAACAGGCCUGGAAAGUUCUUACUUUCCCCCACUGCUUGUUGGCCCGAUUCCUCAAGAGCAGAUACUUUCCAAGUUCUAACUUUUUGGACGCCAAACUGGGUGACAAGCCAUCCUUUGCUUGGAGAAGUUUGUUAUCUGGGAGGGAACUGAUACUUAAAGGUCUGCAGAAACGAGUUGGCGAUGGAAACUCUAUACACGUUUGGACGGACAAAUGGGUAGAAGAUGAAGCGGAUGGGUACGGCAUGAGAGCUCCCUGGAUAAAAAACUGUACAUUCAAUGUGAAUUUGAGGGUAAGGGAGCUGAUAGAUUUCCAAAAUAGAAGAUGGAAUAUUCAGGCAUUGGAAGAGGUUUUUGUGCCUUCAGACAUCCAAAUUCUUUUGAAUAACCAACCGGUGACGUCUAAAGAAGAUUUCUGGGUGUGGAAGUUUAACAAAUCAGGUGCUUACUCGGUUAAAUCGGGUUAUUGGCUAGCGGCCCAGGAAAAGAGCAAAGAGAUACGUCAAGUUGCCGAAGCUCAACCAUCCCUCAAUAGCCUGAAAUCUCAAAUCUGGAAAGUGCAGACGGCCCCUAAGAUAAGAACUUUUGUUUGGAAAGCUGUGUCUCAAGCCCUGCCGGUAGCUGAUCUAUUAAGGGAAAGGGGAAUGAAGUGCGAUGAUCGAUGUCAGCUGUGUGGCUUUGAAGGGGAAUCGGUGAACCAUAUACUCUUUUCCUGCCACCUACCUAGGAAGUGUUGGGCGGUAUCCAAUAUCCCCUCUCCUCGGGGUGGUUUCAGCGACCAUUCGAUCUAUGAAAACAUCGCAUACCUCCUGAAGGUGAGUAAGGAUGUAAGGUUCGAUAUUGAAAUCAACAGAAGCUGGCCGUGGGUCCUGUGGUACUUAUGGAAGAACAGAAACGCCUUUAUCUUUGAAGGAAAAUUGUUUGAAGCAGAUGAAAUCAGAAAGAAAGCCAAAGAGGAAGCUGAUGUAUGGUUUGUAGCUCAACAAGUUCAGAGUGGAAUGGACCAAGUGGAGGCGGGUGUGAUAGAGAAGGGAGUACUAGGUAAUGCUCCGAAAAUUGCCAAAGGAUGGGUCCUUUGUGAGUUUGACAUGGACUGGUCGAAAGGUCUUGGGUUCAUGGGGGCGGCGUGGAUAGUGAAAGAUGAGAAGAGAAGAGUUCUACUACAUAGUAGGAGGGCUUUCUCAGAUGUGAAGUCGAUCAAUGAGGCUAAGCUACAGAUCUGGUUGUGGGUUUUAGAAAGUAUGAAGAGUUUGAAGAAGAAUAAGGUGAUCUUUCUUUCAACCUUUGGGGAUAUAGUUGAGGCAAUAGAGAAACCCGCCUUGUGGCCUAACUUACAGUUUGAAGCUACAGAGAUUAAGAGAGAGCUCCGGUCUCUCGAGGCAUGGGAGUUAAGGUUUGGACUUUUGGCUUCAGUUAGAUGUGCCUCUUUCAUCGCUCAGAGUGUCAGGCAGCUUGGUCUGAUGCAGUCUUAUGUAGCGGUUGGCCAUCCACGUUGGUUGGAUCAUAUGUACGUGAAUGAAAGUGGAGCAUAUGAUAGUUAA